ACUGUCAAAUUAUGAGGUAACAAAACGCAGUGUUUGUUGGCGUUUGCGUUGAUUUACUUUACACUCUUUCUUUUAGUUUUAUUUCUAUUUAUAUCAAUAAAUAACGUGUUUUGACAAAAUUUGGGCGUGAUUUGAUACAAAUAUGAAUCGCAGAAGACCCCACGAAGAAGAAGAUGGCUAUGAACGUUUACAUAGAAAGAGACGUCGUGUAUCAGAAAACCAAGAAAUCGAAGAUAGAUUGGAGUCACUUAUACUGCGCGUUGGAGAAAAAAGCAGCUCCAGCUUAGAAAGCAAUCUUGAAGGCCUGGCUAGCGUUCUAGAAGCCGAUUUGAGUACCUUCCGUGUUAAGAUUUUACGUAUUCUCACUGAAUGUGCAAUUCGAAUGCCCGAAAAAUGCACUAUUUAUGCUACAUUAGUGGGUCUGUUAAAUGCUAAGAACUAUAACUUUGGUGGAGAGUUUGUGGAUUAUAUUGUGAAAACUUUUAAAGAAAACUUAAAGACAGGGAAGUGGAAUGCUGCUAGAUACUGCCUAAGAUUUAUAUCUGAUUUGGUGAACUGCCAUGUCUUGGCAGCGUCGUCCCUUUUGACUUUGUUGGAGACUUUGGUUGAUUGUGCUAAUGAAGAUGGAGUCCCACAAGUGAGACGGGAUUGGUUUGUCUUUGCUGUGUUGUCAGCUUUACCCUGGGUGGGCCGAGAGUUGUAUGAGAAAAAAGAAUCUCAGCUUGAGCAUUUACUAGUAACCAUUGAGGUAUUUUUAAACAAGAGAAGUAAGAAACACUGGCCGGCUUUAAAAGUAUGGUCAACCGAUCUUCCUCAUCUUCAAGAAGAGUAUUUGGAUUGUCUGUGGGCUCAAAUAAAGAAGCUGAGACAAGAUAAUUGGUCAGAGAAGCACAUCCCCCGGCCAUAUCUAGCCUUUGACUCUAUUCUGUGUGAAGCUCUGCAGCAUACCCUGCCUACUAUACAGCCGCCACCUCACAAUGAUGGAGAUUCAUACCCCAUGCCUCGUGUCAUUUUCCGCAUGUUUGACUACACAGACUGUCCAGAUGGACCCGUUUUGCCAGGAGCACACUCCAUCGAAAGAUUCCUCAUUGAAGAACACCUGCACAACAUCAUCGAAGCUUACCAUUUAGAACGCAAAGAGUGCGCUGCUCAGCUUCUCUGUUUCCCAUACAAAGCAAAAAUACCGCUAGAAUACUGUAUAGUGGAAGUGAUCUUUGCUGAGUUGUUCAACCUACCUCGGCCGCGGUACCUGGAGAUUUGCUACGGGUCAAUUCUGAUUGAACUGUGUAAGCUGCAGCCGUCGACAAUGCCUCAGGUGCUGGCGCAGGCUACAGAGAUACUGUUCUUGAGAAUUGACACAAUGAACGUGGCAAGCUUUGAUAGAUUCGUGAACUGGUUUUCGUACCACUUGAGCAACUUCCAGUUCCGCUGGUCGUGGGAGGACUGGGAGGGCUGCAGCCAGCUGGACAUCGACCAUCCUAAGCCCAGGUUCAUUAGGGAGGUGCUUGGCAAGUGCCUCAGGUUGUCUUAUCAUCAGAGGAUCAAGGACAUGGCUCCGGAAACAUUCGCAUCGCUGGUGCCGUUGAAGCCCGAGCCGGUGUACAAAUACUCCAUGGAGGGCGCAGCAUCGCUGCCCGGCACCGAAGCGGCUCACCAGCUAGUGGUGUGCGUCCGAAACAAAUGCACCCCGGAGGAAGCGCUCAACGUGCUCAGGGAACUCCCCAACCCCCUGAGGGAGGGGGAGCAGCCGGCCGCGGCCCAGGCGGCGCCCCACAACCCCCUGAAGAUAGACGUGUUUGUCCAGACCCUGCUUAAUCUCGGCAGCAAGAGCAUUUCGCACAGUUUUGCUGCAAUUUCCAAGUUCCAUUAUGUGUUUAAGAUUCUAGCCGAAUCCGAGGAGGCUCAAAUCUGCAUACUCCGCAACGUGUGGGAGCUCUGGCAGCGGCACUCGCAAAUGGUCUGCGUGCUCGUGGACAAGAUGCUGAAGACGCAGAUAGUGGAAUGCAGUGCGGUGGCCACUUGGCUGUUCUCUAAGGAAAUGGCGCCCUAUUUCACCCACGGGUACCUGUGGGAGGUGCUGAAUUUGACCAUAGACAAAAUGAACAAGCACGUCUCGAAAUUGAGCGGGGAGCUGCAGCAGGCGCGCGAGGCGCUGGCGCGCGCCGACUCCAGCAGCUCGGAGUCGGAGGACGAGGGCGGCAGCAAGAAGAAGAAGGACCACGACAAGCCUACCGAGGAGGCCGUCGAGCGAAUGGAGGAGCGUCUGGAAGCGGCGCACAUGGACCAGAAGCGGCUGUUCCUGAUCGUGUUCCAGCGGUUCAUCAUGAUCCUGUCGGAGCACCUCGUGCGCUGCGACACGGACGCGCGCGACCCCGACACGGCCUGGUGCCGCGCCACGCUGGGCCGCCUGCGGCAGGUGUUCCUGCAGCACCACGAGCAGGUGCAGAAGUACAGCAGCACGCUGGAGACGCUGCUGUUCACGCAGGACCUCGACCCCCACAUCCUCGACGUUUUCCACCAGUUCGUCGCCCUCACUGCCUAGACAGAGUCGCUCGCUUGUUUACAAAUCUACAUACACACAUACAAACAUACAUAUAAUAUCUAUAUAGACUAUAUUAUAGUCUCGUCUAUAUCCCUUACGGGGUAGACAGAGCCAAUGGUUCCGAAAAGACUGAAUGGCCACGUUCAGCUGCUCGGCUUGAUGAUGGAAUUGAGAUCCAAAUAGUGACAGGUUGUUAAUCGCAAUUUCAUAAGCCUAUCCCUUAGACGCCUUUUACGACAUCCAUGGGAAAGAGAUGGAGUGGUUCUAUUCUUUUUUGUAUUGGUGGCUGGGAACCACACGGCAUUACAAAUCUAUUUAUCGUUUUUAAUAUGGAGGACGCGGUAACAGACGUGUGGAUCAAAUGCUUGCGAAUUGUACCAUAGUUUUGAUUUAAAUUUCCGUCAGUUAUCCAUAAUGGUGACCAUAAUUAUAUUAUUUAGCUGAAGAUUGUCGGCUUUCAAGGGUUUGGUUAUCGAUAUAGUAAUACGGUGAAACCCACCCUUAGUAAGCGUUAAAACUAUUUGAGAAACAACAGUUCGUGAUUCUUUCACGGAGAAUAUUUGAUAGGUUUCUGCCCUGAAGAGAUGGCGGUUUAUUUUUAAUAUAAAAGGCUCAAUGAUCUUUAUUGAGUGUGUUUCAUGUAAGGGCUUUUUCACCAUUUGCCUAUUAUUAUCACGAUUUGCGAUUAAUAUCGUUGUUUUUCGCAAUGACAGUUUGAAUCAGAAAUUCUAUUGUCUAGUGCUAUUAUGCUAUGCUCAGACUGUAUCUUAGAGUUGUAAUAAUAAGUGCAUUAACGUUCAUUAAUUUUUGUAAAUAAACGAUUGUGAAUAUA